AAGUCGGUGUUUACAGGAAGCCGUUUUCAGCGCGUUCAGCCAAUCCUGAUGCAAGUUUCAAAACACGUGACACGCAGUUAACGCCUAGGCUUGUGACGUCAGUGGUGCCGGUCCACCGGAAGUUGACGAACGCUGCAGAUCACGGUGACACAUGAAAGUCACCGGUAGAACCAUAGACAUGAUAUUCUAUGGGUAGAACAGUGUCAGAGUUUCCCGGGUUCGUUGAAUUUAGAAAAUAUGUCUGCACUAGUUUCAGGAAAGAGUUUCAGCAGCUCGGUUUUUAGCGAAGCGGCAGAACUUCGCUUACGAAACAUCUGAAACCCGUUUUGAAACAAGCGUGGAGCGCCGGUAUCACGCCAGCCUUGUGGGUACAGUGUUAUCCCCUUGUUUGUUUGUUUUUUGUUUUGUGUUUGGACUGAGCGCUAGCUGCUCAGAGAUGGCACGAAACGUCGGACGAAUUUUCAGCGGAUUUCGUUGCAGCGGUUCUCUCCCGUUCGGGAAAACGCAGCUGAAGACACGAUGUCCCAGGCUUUUGCUGAGGACCACGCCGGAGCGGACCGUGGUGCAGGCUCUGUCAUCGAUCUUUUCCCACAAAUCUCGAGACUUCAGCCUGCCCAACUCCUCGUGGGGGGAAGAGAUGAUGCGGCUGUAUAACCAUUAUAGCAGCCAGAGCGGGGAGGCGGCAGAAGGACAGGAGGACCAGGGGGAGCAGUGGACGAGGCUGCCCAGCUACAAUCGGUCUCUGAAGUAUGCAACAGGGGGAGUGUAUCUCAGCAAGAUAAUCCAGUCAAAAGCUCGUCUUUUCACCAGGAACAUCAGGGACACCGGAGCCGCGUUUGAGUACGUUCUCUUUUUCAGACGAGACAAGCAGAGGUGUGUGUGCAUCUUCCAAGCUGGGCACCUGCUGGAGGGGCCACCAGGACAUGUCCACGGGGGGGCAAUAGCCACCAUGAUUGAUACGGUUACAGGAACUCACGCCUCUCUGCUCUCUGCACCGGUUAUGACCGCCAACCUUAACAUCAACUACCGCAGCCCCAUCCCGCUAGGAAGUACUGUGCUGAUUGAGUCUACUAUGGACAAGGAGGAAGGCAAAAAAACCUUUCUUUCCUGUAGAGUGACCAGCACGGACGGCUCCAAACUGCACACAGAGGCAGCAGCACUGUUUGUGUCAAUCAAUGUCAGCCACCUGCUGCGAGGGUGACACCAACACGCCAGGCUGGGAUCAAGUACAGAGGCCAUAACAAACGUGUGUGUGUGUGUGUGUGUUUGAAUGUGAGAAAAAUCUCAUUAGUUUGGAUUAUGGACAUAUUUUCCAGGUCAUCUUGAAAAAAAAACCUCACUAAAUACCACAUUGUAUUAAUAGUCUAAUGUCACUACUAACAGUCUCAACUUGAAUACCUUUGUCUAGUGGUACUAAUAUAAAAACAUUACAUAUCCGAACUGUAUUUAUUGAACAAAUUUUAAAGUGUUUUUAGUAUAUUUAUGACUUUUAGAGUUACACAGGGGCCUUAAAGUUUGGGGUUAUUCGAUUUCCUGUCUCCAGGAACAAAGCCUCAUGUAUGAUUACUGUUUUCAUUACAGAAAGAAAAGAUUAUAGAUGUGAAAGAAAAGAGAAAGCUUGUUGUUGGAUUUAUGGUAAUUUGGUAAUAUUUACCAAAUACUUAAUAUUUGAAGUAUUUAUCAUUUUAUGUGCUGAAGCGAUUGCAACAAAGCCUCCUUAUUUAAAAGCAUAUCUGUACCGGCGGUAACUGGAAAUAGAGACAAAAGCCGGGGGUUUAGGAAGAAAGAAUGAUGACAGCUUUUAAAUGUUAUCACCUUUCUAAUAAGCGAGAGUUUCGUGCUCUUUGUAUUACACCUCUGACACGUUUUAUUUUUUUCGAGCUUUGGUUGUCAGGUGUGGGUUGUUAGCUGUUACUCCACCGUGUGGUGGCUGUGGUUGGUUUUGAAUGUGAAAUGUUUCUCGCCAUGAGAAUAUCACAACCUAGUCAUGAAGAGACGAGCCCUUCAAAAACAGGUUUGUCUCGUCGGCCAGCGCCGCUCUCUCGCUGGCACUUUGAGCGUGUGUACGCAUAUAGAAACGAGUGUGGCGUGUCGCACAGAGCGGUUAAAAAAUGGCGACGUCCACAUCACAGACGGAUGGGCUGCGCUGGCAUCCACUGCAGACCAUGAAGUUAAAGCUUCUCGUUCACAGUUGGUUUCUUUGCUUUAGUGCCAUGACCACGUUUGAAAGGGGCACAGUAGUUAUUUAUGUUCCACAUCAUGUCUGUCUUGUUCUUUAUGUAACAUGGAAGAAAACAGAGGCCCCUGUUGGCAUUAUGGGGCGGACGAAUGAUUUAAAAAAAAAAACCACACAAUUAUUGUAUUAAAGUAAAUAAUCCAGAUCUA